AUGGCAGAACUUCACGACGCUCUCCGGUACCUGGGUCCAGUGGAUUGGAGCGAUGUGCCCAAAGACCAAGAAGCCCUCGAGCAAUAUCUGACCGACUGCUUCGCUGCCGGCGAGCUGAUCUGUAACUCGGUCCCUCCGUUGGCUGAUGGAACGCCAUUCAAUGCCUCGAAGCCUCACCACGAUACGCCCAACUCAGCGUCAUCGCACAGAGACAUACACCCGUCCGCUGCACGAUCGCCCCCGCCACACCCCGACCAUGAAGCCCUCCAGAAGCAUUGGGGGAAGCCCAUGAAGUUCAAUCAGAAACAGAAUCCGCUCAAGAUCUCGCUGUACAAAAUGGCUGGGCACGAUAGACAUGGCGCUUGGUUUGCGCGCAGAUGUGUGACCGAGGGUCUAGGCUUUGCGAAGUUCAAAGCGGCCAUGAUGCGCGAGCUCGCGGAAACGAUGACAGUUUCGGGUGGGCCAGGGGCAGGAGCAAUACGUGGACUUGGAGCAGACCGUCGCCUUGAGAGAGUUGAGGUACCUGGGAUAGGCAAGCUCGAGGUGUUUCAGCUCAGUGCUCAAUUCCCGGGGCCUGUCACUCCCAGAGAUUUCGUGACUCUACUGCUCAGCGGAGACCAGGUUCUCUCGGAGAAGAGCGCAGCAGCUGUGGACGGGACCAAAGGGCACGUGCCAAGGCACUUCAUGGCAGUUUCGAAGCCAGUCGAACAUCCAGACGCUCCCAUUCGCGCGGGCUUUGUUCGAGGUCACUACGAAUCAGUAGAGUUGAUUCGUGGAAAUGCUUCGUCUUCUUCUGGUGAUCCUGAACUCAAUCCUGUGGAAUGGGUGAUGAUCACUAGGUCUGAUCCUGGAGGCGGCAUUCCGCGCUUCUUAGUCGAGCGAGGUACUCCAGAGACCAUGCUGGAAGAUGUCCACAAAUUUUUCAAUUGGGCCUGUGCUCAAGAUCACAUUCCUCAUCCAGACGAAGAUUUAGACAAGCAAGGCGAAGUGUCAGUUGGACAGGCAGAAGCAGAUGGUGCGCCUCUGGCACCUUUCGAAGAGACUAAUGGCAAUGCGAUGGAGCAGACAAAAUCAAGGAUGGCGACUGCUGGCUCUGCCAACGAACGUUUCGAUGCGUAUGCACCGGCAGCAGUCUCGAACAUGGUUCAUGCACAGCUCCGCGUAUCUGAACAGCUAUCCGAUGACUCUUCUGACACAUCUUCUGUGGACUCAUUUCUGUCUGCGGAGGAGAUAGGUCGAGUGACAACAGCGCCAGAGACUCGUUCAGAGGACUCAGUUGAGACUUUGAGCAUUGCAAGCGGCGAUCAUUCGGAGACUUCUGGCAGACCUCUCUCACGUCAUGAGAAGGAGGUGAAGAAGCUGACAGAGAAGCGUGAAAAGUUGGAGCAACAAUUGGCUAAGAAGCGCAUGGCAGAGGAACAAAAGACAAGGCAGGCGCACGUGAAAGAGCAAAGUGAAGCCGACAAGUCCAAGGAGAAGCUAGAGAAGGAUUUGAAGAAGACGGAAGAAAGACAUCGGAAGGAAAUGGAGAAGCUCGAAGCAAAGAAGGCGAAAGAGAUGCGCAAAGCCGAAGAGAAGCGGCGGAAGAAGGAUGAGCAGAGCAAGCUGUCUCUGGUUUCGCGAGAGCGUGACGAAUUUCGGAGCCAAGGAGACUUGCUCAGGAGAGAGAAUGGCAUUCUUCGAGAGCAAGUUGCGGAGCUGCAAGCGCAGAACACCAGAAUGUCUAUGGAACUCGGGAAACUCGGUGGUCAGGAGACUCUCAGGAGUAUUUCAGAUGAGUACGGCCACAGGCGAACUGGAAGCCUGAAAAGUACAACUUCGGGCCGCUCG